UUACAAUAUAAUAAUAAAGCCAUUGUUUUCUGCUGGAAUAAGUAUGAAAAGUCAUCUUACCUCUUCAAUUAUAUAUAUAGAUAUCAUCACAAAGCUAAUAAGAUAUUGAGUUAUAUGGCAGCAAGAGAUUGAUGGGUUCAUCAGAGGACAAAUACCGCACGUUUUUGCAUCAAGAGCAAGAGAAGAACACCAAAUGGAGAUUUGGUGCCCCUCCUAAUUAUGAUGUUGUCAACAAGCUUUUUGAAGAGGGCAGAACCAAGAAAUGGCCUCCUGGAUCUCUUGAAGAGCAGGUGCAGACUCUAGUCAAGAAUUGGGAAAUGGAAGUUUUCCAUAAAGUUGAUGUAAAUCAAUACAGAUCACUGGAUCCACAGAAAUACACUUUCAGCCUCAAUGGAAGGAAUGCUAUGACGUUGGAAGAGAAAAAGAAGCUUGGAGGUGGGUAUAAUGCACUGCUGCAAACAUCGAUGCCACAAGAACUAAGGGUAUACGACCCAAAUGAAGAAACAGCAGAUUCAUCUCACAACAUUUUCACCACCACUUUCCCACGUGGUUUUGCUCUGGAGAUUCUUCGUGUCUAUUCUGGACCACCCGUUAUUAUUUACAAGUUCAGACACUGGGGAUUCAUGGAGGGUCCUUUCAAGGGCCAUGCCCCAACUGGUCAAAAAGUUGAACUUUUUGGAAUCGCCAUUUUCACGUUGGAUGAGGCCUCGAAGAUAGUGAAGGUGGAGUUCUUUUAUGAUCCUGCUGAACUCCUUGGUGGACUCCUGAAAGGUCCUGCCAUUGAUGCAAGUGGUGAAGAUGCUAUUUCAAGCUGUCCUGUACUUAGGAACACUGGCUAAGGAAUAGAUAGCACAACCCUAACCUUAAGACUCAGAUUGUAAUACAGGGUUACAGGCAAAUAAAGGUUCUUGUGCCAUUGUAGUGCCUAUUUAUUAUUUUUUUUCCA